AUGCACCCAACGGGGAACAUGGAUGUUGGUUUUUCCCGGUCUGCUGUCCAGACACUAUCUAGGAGCCACUGCAAAAAUAUUAAACAAAAAAUUUCUCAGUGGGAAGGAAGAACUAAUGGCUUAUCUGCGACGGACAAGUGUCACCCCAAGGAUUUUGGGGUGAGGUACAACCACUGUCGUCAAGAGAUUAAGAAGAAUCCUAUUGCUGAGGGAAGGAGCAAAAAAAUAGCUAUAAGCAACUCUCAGAAUGAAGAUGCCAAAAGUCGUGAUCAAAGUGAAGAUGAGAGCGAGAAGCAGGCAUCUGGGGGGGCAAAUAUCUUUAAAAAUGAGUCGGAUUCCACUUGGGUUUGUUCGCGGGUCAAACAGAUUGAGGGCUGGAAUGAAGUUGUUUUGGAUCCAGAAACUUCCUUACCUCCAGGAAACUUCUAUACCUCCCAAAUAUUGUGGAAGAAAAUAGAAGCUCUUUCUCCUGACAAAGUCUGCAGAUUAGCUCUAGAGCCCUGUGACUCUUCAGAUAAAGGCCUGGAUUUCAGAGUUCUCAAUGGUUCAUCUGGAAUAACCAAGAGUUUGGAAAAUAUUUACUCGGAACCUGAAGGGCAGGAAUGUGGCCUUUCUAUAAAUCCUCUACCCAAACCUCGGAGAACAUUCAGAUAUUUGUCUGAGUCUAGUGUUAUGCCUCAUAAAGAAAGACACUGUGACAGGAAAUACUGUGAAAAUAAUUCUUGUGCAGAGGCGCCUUUGGCCUCUUCUCAGGAACCUGUACCAAAGAAGUAUGGUGGGAAAAUUAGGGGACGCUCUAAAAGGAAAUCCUUUGAAUUUGAGGAUAUUCAGCACUUUCGAAGUCGGAACACACAGAAGAUUCAUGAAGAGCUUGGGAGAAAUUCUGGGUCGGCACUUUAUUACACACACUCUGAGGACAAUAUCUAUGAGGAUAUCAUUUAUCCCAAUAAAGAAAAUCCAUAUGAAGAUAUUCCAUUGCAGCCUUUUCCCAUGUGGAGAUCUCCUUCAGCAUGGAAACUCCCACCCCCUAAGACUACUUUCAAAACACCUAAGCUUCCUCCCAAGCCCCAAUUUCUUUACCGGAAGACUAUGGAGUUGAAGAACACGCAAGCAUAUUUACGCUCCAAGUUCUCGAAGGAUACCACUCUGCCUGUGACUUUGACUGAAUGGAAGCAUUUCCGAGCUGGAGAAAUCACAUGUAGAAAAAAGAAAAAUGUUCCAAGGUUUGUAUUGAAAAUAGAAGACAUAUUUGAAUCUAAAAGAGGGAAGAAAAGGAUAAAGUUACACCCUUACAAUGGAAAAGAAGUACCACCUUCAAAAGGCGAAACCAGUGGGAACGAAAGUGAUGGCGAGUACCUGCCCAAGAAUCGUCACAAGCGCUUGGCACAACUACAGCAGUCUUGCAAGAGGAACCCUCACUACCAGACCUUAGAGCGGGACCUCAUUGAAUUACAGGAACAACAGUUGUUCGAACUGUUUGUGGUGGUGUCUCUGCAGAAGGAUUCAUCAGACAUAAGCUUCAGUCCUCAGGUGAUCCAGCAGUUCCCUAGCAAGGGUGACCAUGGCUUUAAGCAAUCCAAAGACACUGAAGAGAGACUCAAAGUUAUUCCUAAAUUUUGUUUUCCUGAUUCAAAGGACUGGGUGCCAACUUUCGAACUCAAGAGUGAAACCUUCUCCUUCGUCUUAACUGGAGAAGAUGGGAGCCGAUGGUUUGGUUACUGUAAGAAACUCUUGCCAGAAGGCAGAGGAAAGCGACUGCCAGAGGUUUACUGUAUGGUCAGUCGCCUCGGCUGCUUCAACCUGUUCUCAAAGAUUCUGGAUGAAGUCGAGAAGAGAAGAGAAAUGUCUCCGGCCCUCGUGUGCCCAUUCAUGCGAAGUGUCAUGGAGGCUCCUUUUCCAGCUCCUGGACGUACCAUCACAGUUAAGAGCUACCUCCCUGGGGCUGGAGAUGGCUCAAUUGAACUCUGCCGACCUCUGGACUCCCGACUGGAACACGUUGACUUUGAGUGUCUCUUUAAGUGCCUGAGUGUGUGUCAUCUCGUCCGAGUCUGUGCCUCUCUCCUUUUGGAGCGGAGGGUGAUCUUUGUUGCCAACAGUUUAAGCACCCUGUCAAAAUGUGGCCAUGCUGUCGUCGCCACACUAUAUCCGUUCACGUGGCAACACACUUACAUCCCAGUCCUGCCAGCAUCCAUGAUUGACAUUGUCUGCUCUCCUACACCUUUCCUGAUCGGGAUCCUGUCUUGCUCCUUACCACAGCUCCAAGACCUGCCCAUCGAAGAGGUGCUGAUCGUGGAUCUCUGUGCAGACAGGUUUUUACAAGAGGUAUCUGACGAAGAUGAAAUUCUGCCGCCCAAACUCCAAGCUGCCCUCACGCAGAUUUUGGAUGAACGAAAUGAAAUCUUAGCCCAGGAGCCGAAUUUUUCACAAGAUGUGACUCUCAACUCGCUGGUGUCCGAAGCCUUUGUCAGGUUUUUUGUGGAGCUGGUGGGACAUUACUCCUUACACAUGAUUGUCACCGAGCGUGGGGAUCGAGUAUUCCAAAGGGAGCCCUUCCGAAAAUCCCACACCUCCCGCAGCGUUCGCCACUUCCUAGACCUCUUCAUGGAAACCCAGAUGUUUGCAGGAUUCAUCCAGGACCGAGAGCUUCGGAAAAGUGGGGUGAAAGGUUUGUUUGAGGUCCGGGCACUCCAGUAUUUGGAAACAAUUCCUGAAUCUGAACCCAGUGGGGUAAAUAAAAUUUUGCGGAGUCUUGGAAGUAAAAUGAAAUUUCUGCAGAAGAAAUGAGUUGACUGUCUCCAUCCUAAAACAGAAAGUGCCAAAGGAAGCCUUAUUUUUU